GUGCAGUCACAGCUUCCCAGCAGCGGACGCGCACGUGAAUGGCAGCGGAGGUAUUGACCAGAUAUCCACCCCACAGGUGAGGGGACACACUUCACGCUACCUGCACGGGAUGGGGACGGAGAGGGAGAGCAUGCUGCAGCUCGCAGCGGAGGCUUUCCAGUCGAAAAACUUCGACCUGGCUGCGGACAUCUACGAGUGUCAGCUAGCGGGUCUCGGAGAUGCCGGGAGCCGGCAGGAGUUGAUGGUGAAGCGGGCUGACGCGCUCGCCUUCGGGGGCAAAUUCGCUGAAGCUUUCGAUGUGUACCGACAAGCUUCGGAGAUAGAGAGACUGAAGCCCGCUCACCUGGCCAACCUAGUAGAGUAUCUAUCGACUAGUAUCAAGAGGCAGGAUGGGGGUGACAGUGACAGCAGGAGCCCGAGGAGAGGAGCGGAGGCUGCGGCGGCGGCUGGACGCCCGGCAGGUGGUCCGACGCGGUGCGGGUACGAGGACUUCUCCUGCCGGAUAUGUCUGAGCUUUCUGUUCGAGCCCGUGACUCUGCCGUGCGGACACUGCUUCUGCAAGAAGUGUCUGGAGAGGGAGGGGAAGGAGAAGGAGCAGCCGGUGAUGUGUAAGCAGUGCAGGGACAGCUCCAGGGUAGCCGACGUCCAGAGCUACAGGGUCAACGUGGUCCUCAGCAACCUGCUGGCCAAGUGGUUCCCGACCCCGCACCACGUCGGCCAGCUGAGGCGGGAGGGCAACGGACUGUACGCGGAGAGGAAGAUGGAAGCAGCGCUGGAGAAAUAUAACCAAGCCAUACUGAUAGCACCCUUGGACCACAUACUGUUCAGUAAUCGCUCCCAGAUCCACUCCAGUCUGAAGCACUAUGACAAGGCUCUGAGAGACGCUGAGAUGGCCUGCAGACUCAUGCCUCACUGGUCCAAGGGUCAUGUUCGUAAGGCCCAGGCCCUGGUGUCACUGGGCAGGACGGAGGAAGCUCUGAGAGAGUACCUGGUCUGCCUGUCCAUCGAGCCUGAGUGUAGGCUGGCAAAGACUGAGGUUUACAAGCUCCUCAGUGAUCUCCUGGCUCCAGUUACAGAUCAGGUCCCUGAACACAUCUCAGACUACUCCAAUAUACUGUCUUUCAGAGCACACAUUAAAAACAUCAUUCACACUCCCUCUCAGACGCAGAGUCCCAGCUUGUUGCCGUCAGAGUUCAGCCUUGCCGUCACUCCUCCUGCACCCGAGAGAUCGAAGGGGGGUGAGGUCCAAGGUCAGGGAGAGCCUGAGGUCAGGAGGCAGGAGCACUGUCUCACCCUAAAACGGAAAUGGAGGAGCGCAGACGAGGAGGUGGGAGAGGGGGGGCAGGAGAGGAGGGACGAUCACAAGAGAUCCAAGUCUGGGCCAGCAGAGGUGGCCGACUCGUUGAAGUCCGGGCUCAGUGAGAUCUUGGACCCGACAGAUCUGGAGUGUUCUCUUUGCAUGAGACUUUUCUACGAGCCAGUGACGACGCCGUGUGGUCACACUUUCUGUCUUCAGUGUCUGGAGAGAUGUCUGGACCACAACCCAAAGUGUCCUCUCUGUAAAGAGGAGCUGUCUGAGUACCUGGUAAAGAGGCAGUACUGUAAGACAGUAUUAAUGGAGAACCUGAUAUCUAAGUAUCUUCCCUCUGAGCUCAUGGAAAGACAGAAAAUCCAGCAGGAAGAGAUGGCUGAGCUCUCCAAUCUUAACAAGAAUGUGCCUAUAUUCGUGUGCACCAUGGCCUUCCCCACUGUGCCGUGUCCUCUCCACAUCUUCGAGCCCUGCUACAGACUGAUGAUCCGCCGAUGCAUGGAGACGGGAACCAACUGCUUUGGCAUGUGUCUGGGAGACAACCUCAAAGGGUUUGCAGACUAUGGGUGCUUGUUGGAGAUCCGCGAUGUGAAGUUCUUCUCCGACGGCCGUUCAGUUGUGGACACCAUCGGCAGACGGAGGUUUAAAGUCAUUCAGCACAGCGAGAGGGACGGAUACAACACAGCUGAUAUAGAGUACCUGGAGGACGUUACGGUGGAGGGCGUGGCCGAGCGGGAGCUGCAGUGUCUGCAUGACACAGUGUACGACCAGGCCCUGGUGUGGAUCAACUCCCUGAAGGCCGAGCAGAAGGAACGCAUUGAAGGACACUUUGGACCCAUGCCUGGGAAAGACUCUGUACUUCAGACCAGUCCUAACGGUCCCUCCUGGUGCUGGUGGUUACUCGCCGUUCUUCCGUUAGAAGGCCGCGCCCAGCUGCCGUUCCUGGCCCUCACCUCUCUGAAAGACCGUCUCAGCGGCAUCCGCAAGGUGCUGCUCUUCAUGGCCCACAGCAGGCACCGGUGACGCUCUCUCGACAAGUGUUGCACCCCGCCUGGAAAAUGCAGUAAACCACCUUCCGCGCACACACAAGCAGCAGUUGACCUGUUGUUCUUCCUUUUCAUGCGCAAAGAACUGAUGUUGAUGUUGUUGCGCCUUCCCCGUUGUAGCACUGUCCCACUGAGAAAGCAGUGCUGGACUCCAUCUACACAUCAGCAGCGACCUUGAACUUAAAAAAACAAAGCAGCAGCAGAGAUUAUAUAGAUAUCUUCCAUGCAUAAUAUUCUCUUCACACCAUACAGAAAACCAAUGACGCAGACCUGCAGACUUCAGCUACGUUCAGACAGGAGGGAGCUCUUGAUCUCAUAAGAUGACUGAUGUUACAGCUUACAUCUGAUUUGAUUUGGGUUUGAACAGAAUCGUCAGCUUUCGUUUGACUUUGGACGUCGCUGUAUAAGUGUUAAUGCGCACAUGCUAAGCAUAUGUUUUUGUCUAACAUCUCCAAACAAGCCUUUGUGCUGAUAUGUCUUCAUUUAUCCAGGUUGCACUGUUGCCUUUCUGGCUCUCCUCCAUUUUUGUAGUUCUGUGUUUUUUCCACUUGCAUACAUGUUACAUGCGGACACACCAAACAAACAAACACAUGUUGCAGUCUGAUGAGGGAUUGAAGUGAGCUGCCUGUCUGAACUUAGCUUUAAAGCAAAGACAAAGCAAACCCCCACUUCAGAAUCAUUCAGAUCCUUAACUGCAAGCUGCAACUGCCGUUUAUUCAACCAGUCAGUGUCUCUAAUCUGUAUGUCUUUAAAUGUACUCAUAAAUUAUGCAAGAGACCAAAUAAUGAAUUUGCCCUUUUGUGUAAAUGUGCUCACAAUCUCACUCUACUGAUAAGAUAUGAUUAAUUAUAGUGACUGAAAUGUUCAUCUGGGAAUUUUCUCAUCCACUGAUUGAUAUCUCUGUAAGUGGUACACCCAUCACUAAGUUAGACAUUUACAGGGAAGCCUAUGUGCUUCCGAGUUUGCCAGCACCACCAUAAGUUAAACAGCAGUCGUUGUGGACAGCUGUUCCUCCUUCCUUUCAUUUCUGUCCCUGUCUGACCCUCCAUCCUGCAGCUGAAUAACUAUGGACUGAACCUUUACAUUGGCGUGCUUUAAGGCUCUUGCUCUUGGGUUUUAUUCAUCCAUUUUUUUUGUUUUAUUUUUUUUUCCAUUAUUUAUUUUGUCAUUAUUUAUGCAUGCAGUGACGUUGUUUACAUUUCACAGAAAGAGAUGCUGAGCUGCUCACUUUCCAAAGGCUGUUUCGGAACUUAACAUUCGACCCCAGACGUCGACAGUAAUAUACCGCUAACUGUCGGAAAAAAGCCCAAAAGUGCAACACGAGCAAAAACACCAUUUACACAAUCGAGAGGGGGUAAUGACUCGGAGCCGACAUGGCUGCCGCUGAAAUCUGCACAGAGCAAACUCUGGAAGAUGGAGUUGUGGGCAGAAUCGCUCCCAGACCACCUAUUUUUAGAUCACUGGUGACCCAAAUGUACGCAGUAUUUUUAUUGGCCUGUCACAGUCCGAGCUACGGUAUGUUGACUUCAACAUGUUCGGAUUUUGGUGCUGUCAGCAGCCUCUCUGUCGCUGAGAUACUGUAGCUCUUCCAGGCAUAGAGAGAGCCUGUCAGUGAUACAGAAAGCAACAUCUGGAUUUAUGAUACGUGUAUUUAUUCAGUAUUUAUUCUGACUUAUUUUGUACUUCCACUUUAAUUAAGGGAAAGAAACAGGCCUCAGGAUGUGCAUGUCCACUUUUGCCACAGUCAGGAUACUAAAGUAUUUGGAUCACCACAGAAUAAAGUGAAAUAUUCUGGUGCAUGAAUUGGUAAACAGUCCAUUUCCAACUUCUGGCAGGCCAACACUAAGCAAAAGAUCUCCAUUCAUAUGGGUUUGAUGAGUAAAGGCCAGUGCCUUCUAUCCACAGAAUAGCAUGGUGUGGAAUCAUUUUACAUACAGGUUCAUUUUUCCCCCUUUAUAGAGAUUUGUCCAUUCAUCAAACAUGAUCUUCACUGAAAGGAAAAAAGUAUACAUGGGAAUAAAAAACAAGACAAACGCUUUCUGAGAAGACCCACAAACGUAUUUUAGAGUAAAAUAUAGAGGCCUUGCUGAUGUCUGUGACGUGACUGUUUUUACACGGCAAAAGCUCAACUCUGGAAAACACAAGAGAUUGUUGAGCUUUGCCUUCAAAAUCUUUUAUUUUAUAUACAUGUGUUUGAUUUUACAUGUUUCUAUGUCAAUCGGGUUGUUUGUAUUUUAUAAUUUUCUUUUCACUUACUGGUGUGUCUGUGUCUCCUUAUUUCAUGUGUUAUAGUACAGGGAGUGUCAUUUGAAAUCAUCCACAUGUAUUAUUUUGUAUUGAAAGGGCCAAAGCCAUGUAAUGCUGUAUAAUGAAGAAACUGAUGAAGUGUAAUACCACAGUCUUUGAAAUCCCUAUAAUAAUAUUCUAUUGAUGCAUUAUUUGAGUUUUUCACCACAGUUGUUAGAAUCUGUUGGAAGAUAUGUGUUUAAAGAGGCAUUUAUGCUAAUGAAUAAGUACCAACUGCUUUCAUCUAUCUCCACCAUGUAUAAAAUGACUGUCCCAGUAAUGUUUGCUGGUGUUGCACCUGGCAACCACUCAGAAGCUCAUGCGAUGAGUCAGCUCAAACUGUGCAGGAAAAGGAAAAGCCAUUAGUCUAAUACAACCACAGCUCCAGUGUAAAAGCAUAUCACAUAGAUAGUUCAGAUUCAGAGACGUAAAGGGAAAUUUCCUAUUGUUUUUUUUUUCUUUUUUACAAGUGAUUAAGAGUUCGAAGCAAACCAGAAAACUCCCUCGACGAAGCCUUGUGAUGUUUUUUUACUUUCUAAUUUGUGAGAGUUCCCAUCCAGAAAGCAUGAUGGCAAAAUGGAUUUUGGCUUAAAAGUGACGCAUGUGAAUUAUUGUUCUGUGACAGCAGUUCAAGUGCCUUAAGUUGGACUUCUUCCAUUUUCCCUUUGAUGUAUGAACUGCAGUGGUCAACAUGGGGAUGGUCUGCGUGACAACCUGGGGUUCCUAUGUAACAUCUCAGUGAGAAAAUCCCAGUUCUGUGCAACAGAUCUCCCCCAGACCACUCAAGUGAUAUCCAAAAAAACGCUUUGCAACAAAUUAUCGUCAGCUUGAAUUGAUCUCAUCCACUGUCACUGACAGCAUGUGAUGUUCUUCGCAUGGUACAGUUAGAGGAGUGAAGUGUCAGAUACUCUGCCUCAAACUGACUUUUAAUUAACACUUAUUUUGCUUCUGUCAGACGAGGCUUUAAUGAGACCAACUGGGUGUGUAGGAUCUCUUGGAACCACAUUAAAUUUUGGAUACUUUGCUAAUCAUUUAUCUCACUACCCUCCACCACAGUCCAGGUUCUUAAAGAACAUUAUGGGACUGAACGGACUUUUCCCCACGCUGGCAAACUGAGCCGUAUCCUCUGCAGUGCUGCUCGACAGCAAUUACAGCAACUCCAAUGGCAAUACAUUUCUCUUUUGAAUAUAUGGAUGUGUCACUGAUGAGAUUGUGUAUGCAUGGAUUCUCAUGCAGAGGAGCUUAUCAGAAGAUAAGGUGUUAAUGAGGAAACAGUGCAGGUUAUAAGCUAUGACCCAGCUGGGUGAACACAGUGGCAUUCGUCAAGUGAUGAACUCUUAAAGUUCAGGAUGGGUUUAAGCUGCAGUUGCAGCUUGGUGGCUUCAUUUUGACAUUUUGUAGCACUCCAAACUCAUGAUGACUCUGAUCGUGCCGACAGGCUGGCACUGACACCAACCUCUCCUCUCUGCUUUCUAGUGUUGGGCUAACGGGGCGUCCCUGAGCUGCCCACAGAUGGCUUGUGAUUUCAGUGACUACAGCAAAAUAACAUCGAUGCAGAUGUAGGAGGAGUUGGAUCUUUUUGAUCCGUUGUCAUCAAGCUAUGCAAAAACACUAGGAUGGUGGCUCACCGCCCACUGAUAUCUCGACCUUUCAGUCACCGGCCCUUUGAAGAAGUGUAACUACCUCUGCCAUCCUCCCGGAGCACUUCCACAAAAAGAGAGGGACAGAUAUGCUUCCUAACUGUGUAGUUUUCCUGUCAUUGUUGUUGAAUCUAUCUGUGUUGAAAGUGUAAUUUGAGAGUCUAAACAAAUAAUGUGUAUCAUCUGUGGUCCAAAAUGUCCUUUUUUUCAAAUCUGUGCCCAUGUUAACAUGCACCAUCUUCACAUUUUGUCACAAAACUGCAAAGCUGUCAAUUCAGAAGUUUGACACUGAGAUCAAAUAUUUGAACCAUCUGAAGGAGCGCUUGAUUUAUCUUACCUGGCAAACUGAACAGCUUCUUGGAAACUAAGCGUAUGAGCUCAUAUGUGUUUCAGUGAGCUGACUAAAACACAACUGAUGUACAACAUUGAUCUGGAGUUAAAGCAACUGACAAGAUACCACAAGGUCCCGCCUCUUGUUUUGCUAAUUAAAAACAUCUUUGCUCCUCAUGCUUUCAAAUAUUUGCACUGACUUCAGUGACGUCAUUGCCUGCUUCUGUCAGUGGUUGUUAUUCUCCUGGAGAACCCCGUGGCCUCUAAUUGUGUCCGGGUGAAUUCACACAAGAUGAAUGUAUGUCUGUCUCGACAUCUCUGAUAUUUUCUGUACAUGUCUGUUUUUGAUAGUAAAACUUUAGUUUGCAAAAGUACAGUCCGAAGCUGCAACUUGUGAAUAAACCAAAAGGUCGGCGUUGACGGGAUGGUGAACACGCUGGACUG